AACGGGCUUCGUCACUUGUUGAACUUCACCAUGUCUUCCAAUGAUGACCUCUGCGCCGCAGCACUUUCCGUCUUACCUUUUGGCCUCCGCUCGUGGCUCUUGAAUUAAAUCAAAGCCUUUCUCGCUCAAGGCGACAUCGAUUGGCCCGGGCAAUUUCGUCAAUGGAAGCGCAGACGCGGCAGAUGCGCGGCAACACCACCAUCACCACCGUCCCCCAUCUCAUGGACUCAUAGCACCUCUCGUCUCUCGGCCAAGCAUCACAGACGAGCGAAGAGGCCCCCGUCCUCCGGCGCCCGCGGCAGCGGGCAUACGUCGCCUCCCUCCCCCUCCCCUCUCUCUCACACAUUUAUAAACCCGCCUCACCAUGAGCCCCCCACCGCGGCUCGACGACCACGACGAUGCCGUCAGCUCGCGUGGCGGGGUGACGGAGGCGUCAUCGGCCGCCGCAGCGCGUCGCCGCUCGCACCGCAAGUCGCGCGACGGCUGCGUCGAGUGCAAGAAGCGUCACAUCCGCUGCGACGAGUCCCGUCCGCACUGCCUCAACUGCAAAAAGGCGACGCGCAAGUGCGAAUGGCCGCCUCCCAAGAAGAAGUCGGCCCGCACCAUGAGGAGGGAGGCGCAGAGGCUGCGCGAUGAGGCGGCGGCAGGAACAACGGCGACUGUCUCACCCCCCCGCCUGCCAUCCAUGGACACGCAAAGGCCCAUCGAGCUCCUCAGUCAGCAGCAGCAUCAGCAGCAGCAGCAGCAGCAGCAGCAGCAGCAGCAGCAGGAACAAGAGCCAACUGGUGAAACUGACGAGGCGCCGUCGUCGACUCAUCGCUCGCAGAGCCACAGCCAGAGCCAGAGCGUUCCGUCUGAUACUCCCUUACGGGCUCCCUCUUCCCAUGAGGCGUCGACGGCGCCUUCGCCGUUUGAGCGUGGCAACGACGAUGCGCUCGAAUCUCACAGGCAUGGCCCUCUAUACACGGUCCAGCACAUGCGCUUCCUCCAUCACGCAGAAUCCGUCAUGGGCCACGGCAUCAUGGCCCACCCGCACACGGCGCGCAUCCUCGAUAUCGCCGUCCGCCGUGCCCCCGAUGCCCCCUUCCUCCUUGACGAAGUCCUCGCCCUCUCAGCGCUGCAUCUCGCCGCCACCACCCUUGCCGACAACGGCGGCGGCGACGACCCCAACUCGCCUUCCCCCGCGUACAUCGCAUCGCUCCAUAACCAGUCUACAGAGCUUCAGACCAGGGCUCUCGCCAGCUUCACCCGUCAAUCUCUCUCCGUGGACCCCAACGACGCCGAGAGCGCCAUUCCUCGCUUCCUCUUCGCCGCCGUGCUCAGCCUCCACAGUCUCGCCGAGACACUCGACACGGUCCGUCACCUGCAAUCCUCCGACUUUCAUGUCUUCAUCCACAACCUCGCCGACUGCUUGGGCCUGCAUCGCGGGGUUCGCGCCGUCGUCAAGCCCGCGUGGAACGACCUCCUCAAGUCAGAGCUGGAGCCUCUUCUCAACGUCACCCAGCACGCCGACGAGCGCAUCAACGACAGCCGCCGCCGCCGCCGAGGGGAGGAAGCCGCCGGCGGCAGCCCCGCCACCACCGGCCCCGGAGAGUGCGCUCACCUCUUCGCCCUCCUCGACGCGUCCGAUCUGGGCGCCGCCACUGAGCGCGCCUGUCGAGACGCCGUCGAGCGCCUGCAGUGGGCCUUUGACCUCUACUCCAGCAUCUCCAACACCGAUCCCGACGCCGGCCCCCACGCCGCAUCCGCCUUCUCCGUGACGGUCUGCGCAGAGUACGUCGACGUCUUGCGCCGCCUCCAGCCAGAGGCCCUCGUCAUCCUGGCCCACUACGGCGUCUUGCUGCACCGCUACCGCCGCCUCUGGCUCUUCCGCGAUGCCGGCGCCCGCAUGAUUCACGCAAUCUCCCGGCACCUGGGUGCAUAUUGGCGUGACGCCAUGGCCUGGCCGCUGCAGCAGCUCGAGACGGACAGGUGACGAGUAGCUACGUAACUUGGUCCGCAAAGGGGUCCUGCUAUCAAAUGUGAGGGCUACACUCAAGUACCUUGCCGAAAGCAGCUAUGUAGGUGGACGUUGCUCUUACGUGUACUCGAUAUACCUCGUAUGCUCGACAUACAUUCACAAAUUGAGGACACUCGCAUCACAUUCAGGUCACGUAGCAUAAGUCCGCGCCCAUGUCAUCCAAAUAUUCUCAAGUCUCAUAAGGCUAGACAGCAAUCUUCGUCCACCAUUGACGACCAUCACCCCAGCCAUCUACAUCCUCAAGGCUUCGUCGUCCAAAUCCCUUCGCACGCCCCCCUUUUUUUAGUCCCAACCUGCCAACCCCUGGCCUCACUCUCGGCCCAAUGGUCUCGAUGACAACUCCUCGACCCCCGAAAAGUAUGCGCUUCCUCCAUCAAUAACGUCUCGGUCAGUGCCCGGGCAGUACAUCAC